AUGCUGGUGAAUAACGUACCCGAUGAAAAUGUAUUGAAUAGUCCACCACAAAUUAUCAUUAAAAAAGAGAAUAUUGGAUUAGAAGAAUAUCAACAUCAAAAAUUUCAGUACAAUUUAUUCAAUAGCAUUAUUAAACAUGAUCAUUAUUAUGAAGAAUUAAGUAGAAUUAAAGAUCGUUUGGAUAAAAAUGCACCAUGUAUGCAACAAGUUAUUCAUACGGAUAUGAAACGAGCUAAUAUAAAUAAAAUUUAUGAACGAAAACUUAAUCGUGAUUUAACUGGACCGAGAGGUUUAAAUUGGCAAUACAAACAAGAGUUACAACGUUUGCAAAGUAGCGAACGUAAUGUGGAACGUGAUUUGAUACGUCUUAAACGUGAUCUAGCACGAGUCUCGUUUUUGUCUUCAUUGAAUCAGUGUCCAUUGUCAUUUGAAAAUAACGAUAUUACUCAAGUUCAAUCAGAACAGGUAUUAACCGUUAGUGGAAUCAAUUCACCAGUUCAAUCACCACAAAAAAGAAGCAUUAUUCUACGACGAUCAAUUUCAAUGAAUGGACCCAGAACAUCAGCAAGCCGUUUGUCACCCAUUCAUCAAAAGCGAUUCUCAUUAAAUCAUCCAACUUCAAUCAGUGAAAAGUUUUCGAUUGAAAAACAACCAAGCUGGAAAGGCAAUGAGGAUCGUUCUAAUCUUCAAAAACAUGCUGUUAUCAUCGAUCAAGAAAAACGAGAAAUUGAACAAAAAUUAAAGCUCUUUUUACACUAA